UUAAAAUAUAAACCAUUCUUCUUGGUGGUUUCCUACUGUGGCGAUCCUUGAAGCCAAACUAUACUUCACCUAAAACCUUGCAAGUUUCAAACUUUCCUGUCUUUUCCAGGUUUCACUCACAAGUCACAAGAAAAUGGCAGAAGGAGUAGUAUUUGGCAUUGCAGAUGAAAUUAUUACGAAGUUGGAUUCUGAAGCCAUACAGGAACUAUCCCAAUUGCGGGGUUUCAAAGAUGAGAUGGAGAUGCUGAAGGCUAUAUUGCAUAGAAUCAAAGCUGUUGUUCUUGAUGCGGAGGAGAGGUCCUCACGUGAUACGCAAAUUAAAGCUUGGCUUGAAAUGCUCAAAUCAGCAGUUUUCAGCGUAGAUGACAUGUUGGAUGAUUUCUACACCGAGGCUUUAAGGAGGCAAUCAUUGACUGGCAAUAGAAUUGGGAAGGAGUUACUCCUUUUCUUUUCACAUUCAAAUCGUCUUUUUUAUGGUCUCAAAAUGAUUCGUAAGGUUAAACGUAUUAAACGUAGGCUGUGUGAUAUUGCCGAAAGUAGUGAAAGGUUUCAUUUAGAAACACGGCUUUCUGAGACAGGAAUCGUGUCUAGGCAAGGGAAGCAAAGUCUCUCCUCUUUGCCUGAAAGAAUUAUUGGCAGAGAUACUGAUAUGAUUAAAAUUAUUGAAUUUUUGCUGCGUUCUGAUUAUGAAGAAGAUUUGACAAUCAUUUCAAUUACUGGAGUUGCUGGAUUGGGAAAGACAACGUUAGCUCAAUAUGCAUACAAUGAUGAGAAAGUUAACACACAUUUUGAGCUAAAACUAUGGAUUUCUGUUUCUGAUAAUUUUGAUGUAAAACUCAUAGUUGAAAGUAUUCUAGAAAAAAUGACUAAUGAGAGACAUAAGAACUUCCAGAUGGAUAUCUUGACAGCACUCCUCCGCGAGAAAAUUAGUAGGAAGAAGUAUUUAAUUGUUCUGGAUGAUGUAUGGAAUGAAGAUACUGAGAAAUGGCUCUACUUAAAAGGUUUGUUAUUAGGUGGUGCAAAAGGAAGUAAGAUAAUGAUAACAACACGACUUAAGAAGGUUGCAGAGAUAGCACACUCAAUUUUAGUUCAUGAAUUACGGCCAUUAUCUGAAAAUGAGUCGUGGUUGUUUCUCAAACAAAUGGCAUUGGAGCAAGGGCUAGAGCUAAGCUUGAACUUGGAGGCAAUUGGAAAGGAGAUUGUAAGAAAAUGUGAAGGAAUUCCUCUCGCCAUAAGAACAAUGGGGGAUUUAUUACUUUCUAAAAAUACAGAAGCUGAGUGGCAAUCUUUCAAAGAAAAUGAACUGUCAAGAAUGGGUGACAGUGAUAUCUUACCAGCUCUGAGGAUGAGUUACGAUAAUCUCCCAUUUUAUUUGAAAUACUGUUUUGCCUAUUGUAGUAUAUUUCCAGCGGACUAUAAAAUUGAUGUGGAAAUGUUGAUACAUCUUUGGAUGGCACAAGAAUAUGUUGAAGCAUCAGAUCUAAAUCAAAGUCUUGAAAAUAUUGGCUUUGAAUAUUUUAUGGAUCUCCUUAAUAGGUUUUUCUUUCAAGAAGUUGAAAAGGAGAGAUGGGGUACUGUAAAAACUUGCAGAAUGCAUGAUUUAAUGCAUGAUUUAGCAACACUAGUUGCUGGGAAAGAGAGCAUUACUUUAUCAGUGUCACAUAGUGGAUUUUUAAGUGAAAGAGCUCGACAUGUAUCAGUUGUUUUUGAUGAUGACAUUGUAUGGGAUUCACUUGCUAGGUUCGGAGGAAGCAUGGUACGAACACUCCUUUUUCUUAGCAAGCGGAGUUCAGAAUUUGUAGAAGAACAACUUCAUGGAAUCUUCUCCAAAUUUAAAAAUUUACGAGCGUUAUAUCUGCAUGACCAAGGAAUUGAAAUGGUCCCACAUUCCAUUUGUAGGCUGAAGCAUUUAAGAUAUCUUGACCUUUCUCAUAAUAGAGUCUUGGAUAGGCUCCCUAUUUCAAUUGGUAGGUUACAUAACUUACAAGUGCUGAACUUGGUGUUUUGUUAUGGGCUUAGGGAAUUGCCAAAUUCAAUAAUUAGGUUACAGAACUUAUAUGUACUGAAAUUAGAUUAUUGUACGAAGCUUGAAAAAUUGCCCCAAGACAUCAAAAAAUUGGUCAAUCUCAGGCAUCUUGGCCUUUAUGGAUGCCAUGGCUUGACUCAUAUUCCCGGCGGAAUUGCCCAGUUGACCUUGCUUGAGAAACUGUCAAGAUUCGUGGCGGUUAAAGAUAAUUCUGCCUCCAUGCGGAGCAGCAGACUUUCUGAAUUACAAGGCUUGAACAAUUUGGGAGGCAUUCUAGAAAUAGUAAAUUUGAAAUAUGUGAAGAGUGCUGAAUGUCGUAUUGCCAAUUUGAGAGAAAAGCAACACCUUCAGGUCUUAAUUUUACAGUGGAUCCCAUUUGGCCAACAUGGUUAUGAUCUUAGCGGUGAUGAUAUUGAUAAUGAAGAAAUGGUAUUAGAGGGGCUCAGACCACAUCAGAACUUGAAAGAGCUAGUCUUGUAUGCAUACGGUGGAGUGAGAUCUCCAAGUUGGCUUGCUUCUAUCACAAAUUUGGAGAGCAUUACUUUCAAAAAUUGCCCGAGAAUAACCAUGAUGUCCAAAAAUGAGAAUGAUAAUGUGCAAUGGCAAGGACUUAAAAACCUUCGUUCUGUUGAACUUAAAGAACUUCCAGAAUUGGCAUCUCUCCCAGAAGGCCUUCAAUAUGUUAUCACCCUGCAACGUCUAACAAUAGGAGGGUGUCCUAAGCUGAUAUCUUUGCCAGAUUGGAUUGCCAACCUCACUGCAUUACAACAUUUAGAUAUCUCUGAUUGUCCCCAACUGUCAGAUAUAUGCAGAAACAAGGGUGAGGGUUGGCCCAAUAUUGCUCACAUCCCAAAUAUUGUGGUUUGACAACAAUAUGGUUCAACAAAAUGGCUGCUUCAAACUGUCAUUCGAAUUUAGAGAUAUCCCUUUUUUAACAG